UCUUCAACAACUGAACCUCACACAAAAACGAUAUCACCCAUUACCACUGAAUCUCCCACAAUUACUACAUCAUCCACUACCACUGAACCUCCCAUAACUACUACAUCUCCAACAACUGAACCUCCUACAACAACUACAUCACCCAUUACCACUGAAUCUCCCACAACUACUACAUCACCCACUACCACUGAACCUCCCACUACCACUUCAUCACCCACUACAACUGAAUCUCCCACAACUACUACAUCUCCUACAACUUCAUCUCUUACAACAACUACAUCACCCAUUACCACUAAACCUCCCACAACUACUACAUCUCCAACAACUGAUCCUCCCACAACUGCGACAUCACCAACUACAACUGACCCUUUCUCAACCACUAAAUCAACUACUACAACUGAAUCUCCUACAACUACUAUAUCAUCCACUACCACUGAACCUCCCACACCUACUACAUCUCCAACUGAACCUCCCACGACAAAUACAUCACUGACUACAACUGAACCUCCCACAACCAGUACAUCUCCAACAACAACUACAUCACCCAUUACCACUGAACACCCCACAACUACUACAUCUCCAACAGCUGAACCUUCCACAACAACUACAUUACUGACUACAGCUGAAUCUCCUACAACUACUACAUCUCCAACAACUGAACUUCCCACAACAACUACAUCACCAACUACACCUGAACCUACCACAACCACUAUAUCUACAACAACUAAACCUCCCACAACCACUACAACUACUACAUCACCCACUACCACUGAAACUUCCACAACAACUUCAUCACCGACUACAACUGAACCUCCCACAACUACUACAUCUCCAACAACUGAAUCUCACAAAACUACUACAUCACCCACUACCACUGAACCUCCCCCAACCACUUCAUCACUGACUACAACUGAACCUCCCACAACUACUACAUCUCCUACAACUGAACCUCCCACAACCACUACAUCACCGACUACAACUGAACCUCUCACAACUACUACAUCUCCAACAACUGAACCUCCCAAGACUACUACAUCACCCACUACCUCUGAACCUCCCACAACCACUUCAUCACCGACUACAACUGAACCUCCCACAACUACUACAUCUCCAACAACUGAACCUCCCACAACUACGACAUCACCAACUACAACUGAACCUCUCACAACCACUACAUCACUGACUAAGCCUGAUUCUCCCACAACUACUACAUCAUCCUCUACCAAUGAACCUCCCACAACUACUACAUCUCCAACAACUGAACCUCCCAUGACAACUACAUCACUGACUACAACUGAACCUCCUAAAACCAAUACAUCUCCAACAACUACAUCACCCAUUACCACUGAACUUCCCACAACUACUAACUCUCCAACAACUGAACCUGCCACAACUACUACAUCACCCACUACCUCUGAACCUCCCACAACCACUUCAUCACCGACUACAACUGAACCUCCCACAACUACUACAUCUCCAACAACUGAACCUCCCACAACUACGACAUCACCAACUACAACUGAACCUCUCACAACCACUACAUCACCGACUAAACCUGAUUCUCCCACAACUACUACAUCAUCCUCUACCAAUGAACCUCCCACAACUACUACAUCUCCAACAACUGAACCUCCCAUGACAACUACAUCACUGACUACAACUGAACCUCAAACAACCAAUACAUCUCCAACAACUACAUCACCCAUUACCACUGAACUUCCCACAACUACUAACUCUCCAACAACUGAACCUUACACAACAACUACAUCACUGACUACAACUGAACCUUCCACAACUACUACAUCUCCAACAACUGAGCCUCCCACAACUACUACAUCACUCAAUAGCACUCAACCUCUCACAACCACUUCAUCACCGACUACAACUGAACCUCCCACAACUACUACAUCUUCAACAACUGAACCUCAGACAAAAACGAUAUCACCCAUUACCACUGAAUCUCCCACAAUUACUACAUCAUCCACUACCACUGAACCUCCCAUAACUACUACAUCUCCAACAACUGAACCUCCUACAACAACGACAUCACCCAUUACCACUGAAUCUCCCACAACUACUAUAUCUCCAACAACUGAACUUCCUACAACCACAUCACAAACUACAACUGAAUCUCCCAGAAGCACUAUAUCCCCAAUAACUAAACCUGCCACAACCACUACAUCUCCAGCAACUGAACCUGCCACAACUACUACAUCACCCGCUAACACUGAACCUCCCACUACCACUUCAUCACCAACUACAACUGAAUCUCCCACAACUACUACAUCUCCAACAACUGAUCCUCCCAAAACUUCAACAUCACCAACUUCAACUGAACCUUCCACAACCACUACAUUAUCCACUAUCAUUAUAACUACAUCACUUACUACAACUGAACCUCCAACAGCCACUGCAUCUGCAAAAACAACUACAUCACCCAUUACCACUGAACCUUCCACAACUACUACAUCUCCAACAACUGAACCUCCCUCAAGAACUACAUCACCGACUACAACUGAAUCUCCUUCAACUACUACAUCAUCCACUACCACUAAACCUCCAACAACUACUACAUCUCCAAAAACUGAACCUCCUACAACAACUACAUCACGCAUUACCACUGAAUAUCUCACAACUACUACAUCUCCAACAACUGAACUUCCCACAACUACUACAUCACCAACUAAAACUGAACCUCCCACAACCACUACAUCGCCGACUACAACUGAACCUCCCACAACCACUACAUCACCGACUACAACUGAACCUCCCACAACCACUUCAUCAUCAACUACAACUGAACCUCCCACAACCACUACAUCACCGACUUCAACUGAAUCUUCCACAACUACUACAUCUCCAACAACAACUACAUCACCCAUUAACACUGAACCUCCCACAACUACUACAUCUCCAACAACUGAACCUCCCACAACAACGACAUCACUAACUACAACUGAACCUCCCACAACCACUACAUCUCCAACAACUGAACCUCCCACAACUAUGACAUCACCAACUACAACUGAACCUCCCACAACCACUACAUCACCGACUACAACUGAAUCUCCCACAACUACCACAUCAUCCACUACGACUGAACCUCCCACAACUACUACAUCUCCAACAACUGAACCUCCAACGACUACAUCACUGACUACAACUGAAUCUCCCACAACUACUACAUCAUCCACUACCACUGAACCUCCUACAACUACUACAUCUCCAACAACUGAACCUCCCACAACUACAUCACUGACUACAACUGAAUCUCCCACAACUACUACAUCAUCCACUACCACUGAACCUCCCACAACUACUACAUCUCCAACAACUGACCUUUUCACAACUACUACAUCACCAACUACAACUAAACCUUCCACAACCAAUACAUCGCUGACUUCAACUGAACCUCUCGCAACUACUACAUCUCCAACAACUGAACCUCCCACAAGUACUACAUCACCCACUACCACUGAAUCUCCCACAACCACUACAUCACCGACUACAACUGAACCUCCCACAACUACUACAUCUCCAACAACUGAACCUCCCACAACUACGACAUCACCAACUACAACUGAACCUCUCACAACCACUACAUCACCGACUAAGCCUGAUUCUCCCACAACUACUACAUCUCCAACAACUGAACCUCACACAACUACAUCACUGACUACAACUGAAUCUCCCACAACUACUACAUCAUCCACUACCACUGAACCUCCCACAACUACUACAUCUCCAACAACUGACCUUUUCACAACUACUACAUCACCAACUACAACUAAACCUUCCACAACCAAUACAUCACCGACUGCAACUGAACCUCCCACAACUACUACUUCUCUAACAACUGAACCUCCCACAACUACUACAUCACCCAAUACCACUCAACCUUUCACAACCACUUCAUCACCGACUACAACUGAACCUCCCACAACUACUACAUCUUCAACAACUAAACCUCCCAUAACUACUACGUCUCCAACAACUGAACCUCCUACAACAACUACAUCACCCAAUACCACUGAAUCUCCCACAACUACUAUAUCUCCAACAACUGAACUUCCCACAACCACAACAUCACAAACUACAACUGAAUCUCCCAGAAGCACUAUAUCCCCAAUAACUAAACCUGCCACAACCACUACAUCUCCAGCAACUGAACCUGCCACAACUACUACAUCACCGACUACCACUGAACCUCCCACUACCACUUCAUCACCGACUACAACUGAAUCUCCCACAACUACUACAUCUCCAACAACUGAUCCUCCCAAAACUUCAACAUCACCAACUUCAACUGAACCUUCCACAACCACUACAUUAUCCACUAUCACUGUACCUCCCACAACUGCUACAUCUCCAACAACUGAUCCUUCCACAACUACGACAUCACUGACUACAACUAAACCUCCCACAACCACUACAUCUUUAACAACUGAACCUCCCACAACUACAUCACCAACUACUACUGAACCUCCCACAACCACUACAUCACAUACUACAACAUCUCCCACAACUACUACAUCUCCAACAACAACUACAUCACCCAUUACCAAUGAAACUAUAACUACAUCACUUACUACAACUGAACCUCCAACAGCCACUGCAUCUCCAAAAACAACUACAUCACCCAUUACCACUAAACCUUCCACAACUACUACAUCUCCAACAACUGAACCUCCCUCAAGAACUACAUCACCGACUACAACUGAAUCUCCUUCAACUACUACAUCAUCCACUACCACUAAACCUCCAACAACUACUACAUCUCCAAAAACGGAACCUCCUACAACAACUACAUCACGCAUUACCACUGAAUAUUUCACAACUACUACAUCUCCAACAACUGAACUUCCCACAACUACUACAUCACCAACUAAAACUGAACGUUCCACAACCACUACAUCGCCGACUACAACUGAACCUCUCACAACCACUACAUCACCGACUACAUCUAAACCUCCCACAACCACUUCAUCAUCAACUACAACUGAACCUCCCACAACCACUACAUCACCGACUUCAACUGAAUCUUCCACAACUACUACAUCUCCAACAACAACUACAUCACCCAUUAACACUGAACCUACCACAACUACUACAUCUCCAACAACUGCACCUUCCACAACUACGACAUCACUAACUACAACUGAACCUCCCACAACCACUACAUCUCCAACAACUGAACCUCCCACAACUAUGACAUCACCAACUACAACUGAACCUCCCACAACCACUACAUCACCGACUACAACUGAAUCUCCCACAACUACCACAUCAUCCACUACCACUGAACCUCCCACAACUACUACAUCUCCAACAACUGAACCUCCCACAACUACAUCACUGACUACAACUGAAUCUCCCACAACUACUACAUCAUCCACUACCACUGAACCUCCCACAACUACUACAUCUCCAACAACUGACCUUCCCACAACUACUACAUCACCAACUACAACUAAACCUUCCACAACCAAUACACCGCUGACUUCAACUGAACCUCUCGCAACUACUACAUCUCCAACAACUGAACCUCCCACAACUACUACAUCUCCAACAACUGAACCUCCCACAACUACUACAUCACCCACUACCACUGAAUCUCCCAAAACCACUACAUCACUGACUACAACUAACCAUCCCACAACUACUACAUCUCCAACUGAACCUCUAACAACUACAUCAUUGACUACAACUGAUUCUUCCACAACUACUACAUCUCCAACAACUAAACCUCCAAUGACAACUAUAUCACCGACUACCAUGGAACCUCCCACAACCACUACAUCUCCAACAACUGAACCUCCCUCAAGAACUACAUCACCGACUACAACUGAAUCUCCUUCAACUACUACAUCAUCCACUACCACUGAACCUCCAACAACUACUACAUUUCCAAAAACUGAACCUCCUACAACAACGACAUCACCUAUUACCACUGAACCUCCUACAACUACUACAUCUCCAACACCUGAACCUCCCACAACAACUACAUCACCGACUACAACUGAAUCUCCUACAACUACUUCAUCAUCCACUACCACUGAACCUCCCACAACUACAACAUCUCCAACAACUGAACCUCCUACAACAACUACAUCACCCAUUACCACUAAAUCUCCCACAACUACUACAUCUCCUACAACUGAACUUCCCACAACUACUACAUCACCAACUACAACUGAACCUCUCACAACCACUGUAUCCCCACCAACUGAACCUCCCACAACCACUACAUCGCUGACUUCAAAUGAACCUCUCACAACUACUACAUCUCCAACAACUGAACCUCCAACAACUACUACAUCACCCACUACCACUGAACCUCCCACAACCACUACAUCACCGACUACAACUGAACCUCCCACAACUACUACAUCUCCAACUGAACCUCCCACCACAAAUUUAUCACUGACUACAACUGAACCUUCCACAACCACUACAUCUCUAACAACUGAACCUCCUACAACUACUAGAUCACCGACUACAACUGAACCUCCCACAACUACUACAUCAACAACUGAACCUCCCACAAUACCUACAUCACAAACUACAACUGAACCUCCCACAACUACUACAUCAUCCACUACCACUGAAUCUCCUACAACUACUACAUCACCGACUACCACUGAACCUCCCACAACCACUACAUCAACAACUGAACCUCCCACAAUAUCUAUAUUGCCAACUACAACUGAACCUCCCAUAACUACUACAUCAUCCACUACCACUGAACAUCCUACAACUACUACAUCUCCAACAACUGAACCUCCCACAACUAUAUCACUGACUGCAACUGAAUCUCCCACAACUACUGCAUCACCUAGUGCAAAUACCACUGCAACUACUGCAGCCACCUCUAUAGCUGAAACUAGUGAAGCAGCUACUACUACUACCACCAACACCACCUUUAUUACUACUACCGCCAACACUACUACUGCAGGAUUUGCUACAGAAACCACAUCACUCAUUAAUGUUGCUGCUCCUGAACAAGGUAAGGAUACAUAA